UUAUUGGACUACAGACAGACAGGGAGGACAAGGCAACUUGGAAGUCAAACUACUUCACCAAACUUAUCCAACUUUUGGAAGACUUUCCAAAGUGUUUCAUUGUGGGCGCUGACAAUGUCGGCUCGAAGAAAAUGCAGCAAAUCCGUAUUUCAUUGCGGGGUAGCGCAGUGGACCUUAUGGGGAAAAAUACCAUGAUGCGCAAAGCGAUCAGAGGUCAUCUUGAACGCAAUCCCGCUUUGGAAAAAAUCUUGCCACACAUCAAUGGCAAUGUCGGUUUUGUCUUCACCAGAAGCGACUUAGUUGAAAUCAGGGACAAACAAAGUUAAGGCUCCUGCCAGAGCUGGUGCUAUUGCUCCUUUGUCUGUUGUUAUUCCCGCACAAAACACUGGAUUGGGUCCUGAAAAGACAUCUUUCUUCCAGGCUCUGAGUAUCCCCACCAAGAUCUCAAAGGGUACUAUUGAAAUAUAUUUUAGCCGUCGUUCGAUCAACACGUUCGUUUCUGUGUUCUCUGUAUUUUGUUUUAAAUUCAAGUGAAAUAGUGGAUGAACUAUAUAAAAUUUAUAACAAUUCUACAAAGUUG